UUAACUCAUCAAACAUGCAUGUAGUCAUGAUGGAUAGUCUGUUUACAAGACAGGCAUUACACUGAUGUCUUACUGUUUUCCUAAAGCACACCAAACGUUUGGGAUUUUACAGAGUUUCUUCACAGUGCAGACAAGCUCACUGCAAGGAUUAUAUGCAUAUGACUAUGGCUUUGAGUUCAAGAGCCCACGCCUUCUCUGUGGAAGCAUUAGUUGGGAAGUCAGCUAAAAGAAAACUUCUGGAUAUUAAACAUGAAAAACUUCAGGAUCAGGUUUUGUUCCAGUCUGAUGAAAAAGCUGAAAACAGGGAAACCCAUGAAUCUGCAGAAAUGGGAAAAAAGCAAAAACAAGAAAGUUUAUCACCAACACACAAGAACAGAAAAACUCUGGAACCAAAGAGUGGCAUACAUGUCGAGUUACAAGGGUCUGAAUUAUGGAAGAGGUUUCAUGAGAUUGGUACAGAAAUGAUUAUUACAAAAGCUGGCAGGAGAAUGUUUCCUUCUGUGAGAGUGAAAAUAAAAGGUUUGGAUCCAGUAAAACAAUAUUACAUAGCAAUGGAUGUCGUUCCAGUAGAUUCCAAGAGAUACAGGUAUGUAUAUCAUAGCUCUCAGUGGAUGGUGGCAGGAAACACAGACCACUCAUGUAUAACACCGAGACUCUAUAUCCAUCCUGAUUCUCCCUGCUCAGGAGAAACCUGGACAAGGCAGAUUGUCAACUUUGAUCGUGUUAAGCUCACCAAUAAUGAAAUGGAUGACAAGGGGCAUAUAAUUUUGCAGUCGAUGCACAAGUACAAAGUAAGGGUCCAUGUGAUUACACAAGACUGCCAGUAUGAUCAAUCACAAAUUCAAACUCUACCAACUGAAGGGGUGUAUACCUUCUCAUUUAAGGAAACAGAAUUCACUACUGUCACAGCAUACCAAAAUCAGCAGAUCACUAAACUGAAAAUAGACAGAAAUCCCUUUGCCAAAGGUUUCAGAGACCCUGGAAGAAACAGAGGCAUACUUGAUGGAUUACUAGAGACCUAUCCAUGGCGGACACCCUUAACUCUAGAUUUUAAAACGUUUGGAGGAGAAACACAAGGGGGAAGCUCUGGAACAUCUCCUGUGGCAUCGAGUGGUGGAACACCUUCUCCAUUAAAGUCCCUGCUUUCUCCAGCUUGUUCACCAAAUUCCUUUCAUCUGACAAGUAAUGUUGGAAUUCCAAGUACAGAAACUCACUUUCCUAAUCUCAGUUUACAGCCCUGCUAUAAAGUAUGCCCUUCAAAUGUUCUGGGACAACCUUUUUUACUUCACGAUCUAGAAAAAUUUGGAAGCUCAGGUUCUUCUGCUUUGCCAUCCAUAAUGGUAGACCACCCUUUUUUCUCUACAGUUAAUAUAUCAAACAUUGGGAACAAAAGAACUGAGGACUUCAAUCUGCAGUGCUUACAGCCACAGUGCUCUAGUGAACAAAUGGUAUAUGGACUGCCAACAACAAGAAAUUCUGGCCUUGUUACAGCGCCUGUUAAUCAAGCAGCACUUAGUUGUUCACUCCAUUCACCUUACGGAUUAUGCAGCUACAACUUUACAUUGUCAUCUAGACUAACAAACUCAUCCAACCAUUUCAAACUGACUGACAAUAUUCCUGUGUCAUUCAGAGAUAGUAAAUACUCCCCUUUCCAGUGGUAUUCAUCAAUAAACUGUCUCUAAAUAAAACAAAAAGCACACUGAAAUUCCUUGACGAUUUGAUCAUAAUAGGGAACAAUUAGGACCGACAAUAUGAAAUAUGAUGAAACAAAAAAGGGACAAAGGGUAAAGACAAAACUAUCAUAAUUCACUCAGCGUGCAGUCAUCUGAGGUAUUUUUUAAUUUGCUUAGGUUUGUGAGGGUUGAAGCCCCACUCAUACUAAACUCUGAGGAUGUGCAAUCAAUUACUCAAAGCAAUUUUGUUUAUCCCUCUGCUCUUUCAUGGCUCAUCCUAACUUGAAUUGCUCUGACUUACAUAUAUAAAAUAAUAACAUUCAAACCAAGAGCAAAAUACAGACUAAUGACAUGAAAAAGAUUCUUCAUCAUCAUUUGUCAUAUAGCAUUUUUUUGACGGCCAUGCAACAUACCACCAUAUUUUUCUUUCAUGAUAAAUUAUCAAUGAAAAUUCUGUUGUCAAAACAAUGAAAGAAGGAUUUCUCAGUUAAGUUGGUACUUUUAACUUGUUGGUACCUUAGGUAAUUAAAUGUGCCAAAUGCUUUAACAAAGUGCACUUUGGAACAUCAUGAGAUGAAAAAUAUAAAUAUAUCUUAUAUCCUUAUAUAAAUUUAAGAGAUUUUUUUGUUUGUACUAGAAUCUAUUACUGACAUGUCAGUGUGUGAUUUCUUUAUUUUUCAUGUUUAGCUGCAUAAAGAUAAGUAUGAAAAUAUAGAAAUGUGUUGUGUCUAUUUGCUAAACAGAGUUCAGUUUGCCUGUGUGAGACAUUCUAAUACAGUUUAUGGUGUACAUGAAAAUGAUUCACAUACAGAACUUCAGUAGUACAAGUAGGGUGCUGUAAGCCAGAGGAGGAGUGCAUGGGAAAGCAAAAAUGCUUCCUGUACAAAAUCUAUAGAUCAAACAUUCAAGUCUAUCUAAAUAUCUAUAUCUAUAUCUGUCUAUCUAUAUAUGGUACUUAUGUAUUAUCGCAACCAAGUUUUCGUGGUUGCAAAAUGCUCAUACCCCCACAGAAAACAGUACUUGAAAUAGUGGAAACUGUUAUUGUAAGUCAGCAGCAGUGGCAAAAAAAUUUUACCUUGCUUUUAGGAACAGAAACAACUUAGGAAAUCCUCUUCAUGUUUUGCGUGCAUUACAGACGCACAUUUGAGUUAUCAUGGUUGCUUUUGUAGUGUUCGUUGGAUUCUUUUGAGUUUGUGCAAGGAAGUCUUCAGACAAUGAAAACACAGGCACAGAGAAUUUCUGUUUGGUAAACUUGUUCAUUUUUAACCAUUGUUUUAAGCGAUGUUGAAAAGAACCAUUACAUUGUAAUGAUUGUAAAUUAUGAUGGUGGAUGAUGCUGACAGCUGAUUCCCCUGUUGUUUCUAAAUCAGAAAGCUGGUAGUACUGAGGUGUUUUGCAUUGUGAAG